GAUUGUUACACGUUGGAUACAGGACACCACAUGGAACGAUGUUGUUCAAGUUCGGGGCAGGUUGGUUAUCAACGAGAAACAAAGAGCUUCCCUUACAGCACAGCGGUUAUUACAGAAUACAUUCCCCCGAGGUAUAAAAGCGCGCCUCAGCCGUCCUCUAAGUAUUCAAUCCAAACGCACCGUUUUCCUCCGUUACUUUCCCAUACGAAACACACUCCAAAUUUACAGUAACAUCGAAUCAUGAACGUGAACCAUCACGCCAGCAAGGCUAAUGGACGGUUAUCUUCCGGGCCCGGAGGAGCCCACACUCCUGUCUGCGGUUGUUGCUUGGCAUACCAGGCGGUGAAGGCGAGGGAAAGGGUCCGACAGACUUUGGUGACGGUACAGAACCACAUGGCCACUCUCGGACGCUCGCCCGUUAAGUCAAAGUUUGAAGAGAUAAUACUCCAGCUCGCUGACGUGUGUAUCCGGUACGAAAACGCCGAAAGGUUGCUUGUCCAGACGGCCGAAAGCGGAGACUCUAACGAACGCAAACAAGCAAUACUAGGGCUUGUCGGGACUAUGAUUGCAACAGCAGGGAAGCAAUUGGAUUUGUUGAUUAGGACCUUCGCCGGUACCGUUGCGGAACAGAAAAGCAACAAUAACAAGUAUCUGACUGUGCCAUAUUGCUUCGUAUGCCACAGUAAGGGUGAAGCGAAGCUGCUGUGUUAGCCACAACGCCACCGCAUGCAAGAUUAUGCACGAUAAUGCGGUCGAAACUGUGGCAUCCAAUCGCUCCUCUGAGAACUCUGGAGGGAAACCCUUGUAAAUGAAACGAAGCGUUCCUUCUUCGCUUCCUCAAUGUACAUUGUACAUCUCAGAG